AUGACUCGGCGUAACAAUUUGGAUCUCGCGCCGCGCAAUGUCAAUCAGAAAUACGUCCUGCAACCAAACCUCAACGUCAGCCGGCCGGCCCUGGCCACAUAUGCACCGGGCCUCAGCGGUCUGCUGCUACCGGGCAUGGCGCCAAUCGCUACCCAAUACCCCAAGCAGCAGCAGCAAGAACUGGUGGCGCCGCGACACCAGGCACCGGCACGGCAGCGCUUCUCCACCCCAUCCAGCCCAUCACUCCGUGGACGUCAGUCACAAGCCAACCCAAACUUCGCGCCACCAGCCUCAAACAUCAGCACGCGGCUGCCCACGCCUGUCCGGAUCAACGCAUCCCCCGGGCCCUCCCCAUCACCCACUAGCGUCGCGCCGAUGCUGCCCAAGCCACCUAGCCCCUCACGCAGCCUGUCACAGGGUGGCGCCCCAGUAACCAACCCCUUCGCUUGUGCCAGCGCCUACUCCUCACCCCCAGCGACAUUCGCCGCUACCAACGCAUUCAUGCUUCCCACCCCUCCCUCCAUCCUGUCCAAUGGCCCACCCACGCGAGUCACGCCCAUCCAACAGGCAGCCGCACGCAGCACACCAUCCCCAAUGCCAUGGGCGUCUAGCGCUGCACAGGGUCAGAACAACCUCACCCCCACCUCCGUGCGGCCAUCACCACCGCCUCCCGAGCGCUCCAUCCUCGCCUCUGUACAGCUGCUAAACCAAAGCCAGCAGCAGCGCAGCACUGGUUACGGGUCUGCCGUUGUCGGGACCUCAUCGUUGUCAGCCGCCAUCCCCGGACACAGUGAAUGGCUGGCGCCCGUGGCGGCUCCAGCGCCGUCGUCAGUCAUCACGGGCGUCGCACCCGUCCUCACGGCACCCGCCAUCCAGGCCGCCCUACAACAGGCCCUGCAGGGGGCCAUGGAGCGCAAGCCGGAGGCGUUCCGUGUAGAUGACUUUGAGCGUUUUUUUGACAGCAUGAUGCAUCCCGGCGACACGGGCAAGCUGGACGGCCCGUUGCCGCAUGAGCUGGCUGAUGACAUCCGCUACAGUGAUAACUGGUACAAGCACUGUCGCGAUUGGAACGCUCACAACAAGCUGACCACCCCGUACUCCGCACCGGCCCCGUCUGGUACUGCGCCGGAGAUGUCCACGUUCUGCCGCCUCGACGACACUCCAUUUGCAGGGGAGCAAUACACGUGCACUGCUCCUGCUGCCACUCAACAGGAGCCGGAGGCUCAUGGGCAGCCCCAGUGGAGGCUGGGCGAGUCGUCUAUGAGUGAAGCCUGUUGCAAAGCGCUGGACAUUGCGCACCACGGUCUAUGCAAGGUGGUCACGCCCACUGCUCGAAGCCGCAGCGCCACUGACAUGAGCGGGAUGGCCGGUUGCGCUUCCACGGGGCAAGGCACGUCCGCGCCGGCAUCACUGCUGGACCAACAUCAACAAUCGUUGACGCGGCGUAGGGCAACAGCAGCAGUGGCGCCUGGCGAAUUGUGGGACACGGGGCCGUCACAUGCCCAACAGGGAGCCUAUACGGCCGCUGCACUGACCAGUGGCCUGGAGACCUUGGCACGGGACCAAAUUGCAACUGUUGCCACUAGCGCUGCCGCAGCCGACGGACCAGUGAACUCCCAACGGCACCUGGCACCAUCAUUGUCUCUAGUUGCAUCUACCGCUGAAAACCCCCUAACAGCAGCCGUGCAUGGCGAAGACAGUGGUGCCGCUGCCUCGGGGGUUAGUGUGGACGUUAGCGCCACUCCAAUCCGUACAUCAAUAAACUUGCCUGGAGGACGGAAGUUCUUGGUCCCCGCAUUGCGUCUCGGCAGCCUCGAUGUUUUGCCGAGGGCCGCGGGAGCUGCAUUGUCGCCGCCGCCGGAUAGCGCCCGGCCGCCGAGCACUGCCGCCACCACACCGGGCCCGAGAACGCCCGGUGAAGGUGGAGGUGGGGCCCCAAACUCGACCGUGACGACUGCCGCCAACACGCCAGUCGGCAGAGACGCCACGGGUGGUGCGGUCACACCCACGACGACAACGUCCCGAGUAAAUGUAGAGGCGUCGCCCUUCUUUGAAGCCGCAAGUCAGGACCUGGAGGUUGCCGUGGCGCCGCCGCCCAGCAAACUUUCGCGUGAUGUUGCCGCUACUGAUUACGUAAGAGACGUCGCAGUCGUAGGCAGUGUUGAGCUGCAGGGGGCCCUGCAAAUACAAACGCUUUCCACGGCCGAGGCUCCAGCACCCUCAGCCUCGGCAGCGAAUGCAACCGCAGAUGUCACGACCCUUACGGAAACCUGGCUACCGGCUUUCCCGACAGCUGUGUCCCAGCAAGCUGUCACGAAACGAGCCGCAGCUGCAGCGGCGGGUCCACAAGCGUUCUUCAACACCGGCGGCGCAUCGGUGCCCUCUGCUGGGCCCUCGUCGCUGGCGGCUGCUGUCACAGCGGUUGCAGUGCCCGGCAAGGCCGCCAGUGCCGCAUUGAAGAGCACGGCAGGUCCGUCGACAUCUUCGGCAUCGGCCACAGCUGAUCCGCUAAAGGAAAUUGUUGUGGGCAUUGAGAAGUUGUCAACGCUGAAGCAAAACAUCUUGGCGGAGGACAAGGAGGUGGACGUGGCCAGCAUCACGCAGAUGAUUCAACUCAAGCUGGCUGUCGAGCAGCUCCUGGCUAGGACAAGGUCCGCAAGCAAAGCGCAAGCUGCAGCCGUCACGGCGACAGCAGCGCCUGCGGCCUCAUCCGCUAAAUGCAUACUGGGAGCCAGUGGUGCAAACGCCGCUGGCCAGGCAAUUGUCACUCCGGCUUCACCGUCCACGACGGUCGUCGGCGUAAAGGCUUCCCGGCCCAUGUCGGCGUCGGCGCUGCCACGGCAGGCUGCGUCCCCUAGUCUCGCGGACAAAAGCCGCUACGCAGAGCUCCACCAGAGGGCGGCUGCCAGGUUAGCAGCGGCCGCGGCUGAGCCCGCUUCUGGGACACGUCAGGCGCAAGGUGCAAGUGGACAGGUCCAGCGCGGCGGCAUCUGGCAGCGCUACGAGGAAAAGAUUGCCAUGCACCGGCAUCAGCUAGACACUACGAAGGCGCAGCUUGAUGAGGCAGUCCGCAAGUUGAACGACAUGCAGGCGGAGUUCGACGAGCUGCUGUUGUGCCUAGGCAUGGAGUCCGCAAAGAACAAGGCCCUGUGCGAUGCCAUGCGCGCCGCCGGCCUCGACCCCGAGCCCAUCCUCGCCGCCAUCGAGGAGCAGUGGAUGAGUGGAGCUCUCGCGUAG